AUGGCGCCUGGAACGAUUGCCGGCAUGGAGCUUUGCUCAACCCCUAAUGGCCACUUAUUGGAACAGACUUCAGAUGAUGUCGACGCAGUCAAUGUCAUGAAGGCAAAGCUAGCCGAAUCAAGUUCGCAACCAUCACCACUCGAUAAAGAGAAAGACAAAUCUAAAUUUCGGCAGUACGACAAGGCUUGCGAAAAGGUCAAAGAGUUUUACCGAGAACAACAUGAGAAACAAACUGUGGAAUACAACAUCGAAGCAAGGCGCGCAUUCAAUUCCAAAGUUCGCGCUCGAAUGACCGUUUGGGAGGCAAUUGAGAAGCUAGACACGCUAAUUGACGAGUCGGACCCCGAUAUUUCACUUUCGCAAAUCCACCAUUUACUCCAGUCAGCGGAAGCCAUUAGGCACGAUGGGAAGCCACGAUGGAUGCAGCUUGUUGGCCUUAUCCAUGACCUAGGAAAACUCCUAUUUUUCUUCGGAGCUCAAGGUCAGUGGGACGUUGUUGGAGAUACGUUCCCUGUUGGUUGCGCAUUUGAUCAUCGAAUUAUAUACCCUGAAACAUUUGCCAACAACCCCGACUCCACUCAUGAGGUCUAUAGCACGAAGUUUGGCAUGUACUGGCCUAAUUGCGGAAUGUACAACGUCAUGCUUUCUUGGGGCCAUGAUGAGUACCUUUACAACGUCGUAAAAACGCAGUCUACACUACCUGAGGAAGCACUAGCAAUGAUAAGAUACCAUUCGUGCUAUCCCUGGCACACAGAAGGUGCCUAUCGAGAGUUUAUGAAUGAGCGUGACCAUCAAAUGCUCAAGGCCGUUCAGGAGUUCAACCCUUAUGAUUUGUACAGCAAGAGCGACAAAAUCCCAAACAUCGAGGACCUCAAGCCUUACUACCUUGAACUUAUCGAUGAAUUCUUCCCAAAGCGAGUCAUAAACUGGUGA